AUGUCUAUAAAUGAAAAAUUUCCAUAUCCUUCAGAAUCUGCUGGGUACCCUCAAUUAGGAACAAACCAACAUGAAAUGAUACCCCAAUCUGUAACUCCACAGUUUGGAUUUCAACAAACCAUUACCCAACCAAUUCCUACUCAUCAAUCUCCUUUUAAUCAAUUUAAACAAAAUAUACCACAGAUGAAUGAUCCUAAUGAACCACCACCACCAUAUGUUCCACAAAUAUUAUCACCAUUAACUCAUCCAACACCAGUUGCAAUACAAAUACCCAUAACACAACAAAUUCCUAAUCCAAAUAUCGUUAUAAAUAAUGAAAAUGAUAAUAUAGCAGGAAGAGGUGGAUUAAAUGCUCAAAAUCCAGAACAAAUUGCGGCUUUAAUCAACAUGAAAAUAGUUAAAUGUCCUUUUUGUGGUAUGGGUACAUUAAAACAAAGUAUCAAAUACCGUCAGAUGAUUAUUUUUUGCCUCAUAACAGUAUUUUUUUUUCCUUUUGGUCUUCUUAUCUGGUGUUGUCUUUGUUGCAAUAAUGUUCAUAAAAGAACAUGUACAAAUUGUAAUGUGGAAGCUUAA